GGAGGGUCUUCGAGGAGCUCAAAUUUCCCAUCACUCUUCACCCCUUCGCUUGACCGCUUCUCUCCUCAUCUAUCCAGGACCGCUGUGUGGUAGACGUCGCUCUCCUCCAAGAUGCUCUGCUUCGUACCUUUACUCCUGGUUCUGUUACCAUGUCACGCAGAGGAAGUGUGGAAGAAAUCACAGGUGUGCGCAAAUGUGUUCUGUGGUGCUGGAAGGGAGUGUGCCGUCACAGAGAAGGGCGAACCAACCUGUCUGUGUGUUGAGUUUUGUAAGCCCAACAAACGCACAGUGUGUGGCAGUAACGGGAAGACGUAUCGCAACCACUGUGAGCUGCACAGAGACGCCUGCCUGACCGGAGUCAAGGUGCAUGUGGCCCAUGAUGGACACUGUGAGGAGCGAAAGACAGACAAGCCCGCUACAAGCCCCAUCGUUUGUUACCUUGCCGACCGCAACCAGCUGCGCAGCCGUGUGAUGGAGUGGCUUCAGGCAGAGGUGGUCCCUGAUGGCUGGUUCUCCAAAGGCUCCAACUUCUCAGAAGUCCUGCUCAAGUACUUUGAGAAUUACGAUAACGGAGACUCAAAGCUGGAUUCCACCGAGUUCCUCAAUUUCAUCCAGCACAACGAGACGGCCGUCAACAUCACCUCCUACAACAACGAGGAGAACAACCGCUUGCUCAGGAGCCUGUGUGUGGAUGCCCUAAUUGAGCUUUCAGAUGAGAAUGCAGACUGGAAGUUGAGCUUCAAUGAGUUCCUGAACUGCCUUAAACCAGACUUCAACCCUCCAGAGAGAAAAUGUGCUCUUGAGGAUGAGACAUAUGAGGAUGGUGCUGAGACGCAGGUGGAAUGCAAUCGGUGCGUCUGUGCAUGUGGCAACUGGGUCUGCACAGCGGUGACCUGCGAGACAGGCCCAGAUGCACUCCCUGCACUCCCUAUGGAGGAGGCUGAGGGGAUAGACCAGGAGAUGACCGAAGAGGAGUGGACCAGGAGAGUGGCGGAGCUGAACAAACUUCAGGAAACAGUGGAGACCAUGAAAGUGAGCACUAAAGACAUUGUGUGAGGAAAAGAGGGAUGAAUAACAGUGAAAGAGCAGAAAGAACAGCAAGAGGAAAAUGUGCAGGGUGGCUCUUGGCCAUUCUUGUAUGACGGUCUGGAGGAGGACCAGUGGGUGCAGAGACAAAGAGGAAUAUUUAAUUGGUUAUCGGUUAUUUUUAUAAUAUUUUAAUUAUUUUUCAUGUGUACUAUUACUAUUGUUUUGUAUUUUUUGCAUUGCUGUCUUCUUCUUCUUCUUCUUCUUCUUAUAUAUUAUUAUUAUUACUAUCUUAUACUUUCAUGUAAAGGGAGUAUGCCACAUCAUUGCAAAUCAGUUGAUAGAUUAGCUAUUUGAUGUUUAUUUCUUUUUUCAAAUAUUGCUUUACUUGCGGACAGGCAAGAGCAAGUGAAGUGUGGUCAGACCGACUGGUUUGACAUCAGACACAGUAAGGGCCGUCCUAGGAGGAAAACAGAUUGUGGGCUUAUCGGACGGUGCAGACCUCUGGCUACUACUAUCUAUCAGAUAGUCAGUCUGCACUUCAGAGCACCAAUGUAUUAGUAAACGAGUGGGAGGUCUGAUGGGAUCUUAGGGGUCACUGAGGAGUGGCCAAUACUAGGCAUAUCGGUACUGAGUGUCAUCUGAUAUAAAGGGUAUGACAGGACAGAUCCACCAUGUCUGAUGCCAUAGGCUCAGUAUAAUGUAUGGUAUGAUAAAACUCCACUAGGAGCUCAUCCAGUGACAUCAAUGUCAUACUGUUGUUACAUCGCUUAAUUUUUAUUAAAUGCAUGGGAUGGGCGUGGUGGCAGUCUCUCUGUCUCGCAUCAUGGCCAAAGAAGAAGCACUGUUAGUGCCAAUAUGAAUUGCCCAUUGAGUUUAACUCAGUUGGAUUUAACAUGACUAUCUGAUCUUCUUAGGGCUUUACAUCCUAAAGGGGAACACUGAUUGUUGUCACUGUAACUUAUUAAGUCAUUGCACAACUACUGAAUAUGCUUGAACACAAACAUACACUAUGUACAGUGCCAAACAUCCAUUUAGGGACAUGGAGAUAAUGUAACAUUAGUUAGUGCACUACUCAACUGUAGGCUACUGUUACUCAGCCAAUAAACCAUUUUAUACCCCAGUG